ACGCAGCCCACCUUCUAUUUCUACCCUCACCAUCUUCUUCUCCCCUAAACCCUGAAACGCUAAUUCCCCAAUUGGCCUUGUUCUCGCAGCCUAUUCUGUCUCCUUUUCCUACAGCGAGAAACACUGAAGGAGUUCCGGAAAGAUCAAACUUUUCACAGAAACGGAAACUGAACGAGUCUCUUUAGAUGGGUUCACUGAAGAGUAAGAACAAGAAUGAUAAAAAUAAACAAGAGAGUAUAAAAAACCAAUCCAAGAAAGAGAAGGUUAACAGCAGAGAACCAGAAGGCCAUAAAAAAGAAGAAGAACAAAUGCAUACCCAUUUGGAUUCUGAGUCUGAUUCCGACUACCAGGAAUUUUCUGAUUCUGAGGAUGAGUAUCAUGGAUCAUCUGGAGCUUCAGAGACCGGAGAAAGCAAUUCCUCUGGAGAUGAGGGUUCUGUUGACACAGACAAUAAUGAUGACAUAGAAAAUGAAGAUCAAAGUGAAGGCUUGGAAUCUGAUCAAGCGGCUGAAGAAAGCGAUUCUUCUGAAGAUGAGGUGGCACCGCGAAAUACAAUUGGUGAUGUUCCACUGAAGUGGUAUGAGGAUGAAAAACAUAUUGGUUAUGACAUUGCUGGGAAGAAGAUAACAAAGAAAGAGAGGCAAGAUAAACUUGAGUCAUUUCUGGCAAGUGCUGAUGACUCAGAAAACUGGCGAAAGAUUUAUGAUGAGUACAAUGAUGAGGUGGUAGAGCUAACAAAAGAAGAAAUGAAAGUUAUUCGUAGAUUGGUGAAAGGAAAGGCUCCACAUUUUGAUUUUGAUCCAUAUCCGACUUAUAGCGAUUGGUUUAAAUGGGACUCUAAGCAUCCACUGUCAAAUGCUCCAGAACCAAAGCGACGGUUUACUCCCUCAAAAUGGGAAGCUAAAAAGGUUGUCAAGUAUGUUAGGGCAAUUCGCAAAGGCUUAAUAAAGUUUGACAAACCUAAAGAAGAACCGCGUUUCCACCUGUUGUGGGGGGAUGAUUCUGGCUCAGCAGAAAAGACUGGCCAUUUAUCCUACAUUCCUGCACCAAAGCCAAAAUUGCCAGGCCACGAGGAGUCAUAUAAUCCUUCUCUGGAAUUCAUACCAACACAAGAAGAGAUCAACUCUUACCAGCUGAUGGAUGAGGAAGACCGACCUAAAUUUAUACCUAAACGGUUUACAUCUCUAAGAAGCAUCCCUGCAUACGAGAAUGCUAUGAAUGAAGCUUUUGAGCGUUGUUUGGAUCUAUACUUGUGUCCUAGAGUGCGUAAGAAACGGAUCAAUAUUGAUCCUGAAUCUUUGAAACCUAAGCUACCAAGUAGAAAAGAUCUUAGGCCUUACCCAGCAACUUGCUAUAUUGAGUAUAGAGGUCAUACAGGUGCAGUUAUGUCAAUCUCUACUGAAGCUUCAGGAGCAUGGAUUGCAUCAGGUUCAAAUGAUGGAACUGUGCGUAUUUGGGAGGUUGAGACUGGUAGAUGUCUUAGAAUCUGGGAGCUUGGCGAGGCUGUCCAAUGUGUAGCAUGGAAUCCUUUGCAUGAACUUCCUAUCUUGGCAAUUGCUGUGGGACAAGAUGUAAUUGUUCUGAAUACAGGAUUGGGGAAUGCAGGAGUGCAGAAACAAGUGAAGGAACUUCUUCAUGUUAGUACACCUACAGCUCCUGAUGAUCCUGGUAAUGGAAUCUCUGGUUUGAGCUGGCAUCAAGAUGAAAAACAUGAAGGAAUAAGGAUAAGGCAUUUUAAGACUGUGUCCUCAGUCGAAUGGCAUCGUAAGGGAGACUAUUUCUGCACUUUGAUGCCAGCUGGCGAGUCGAGAGCUGUUCUUAUACACCAACUCUCUAAGAAGCUCACACAAAGACUUCCCUUUAAGCUGCAUGGACUUCCGGUAUCAUCAGUUUUUCAUCCUACUCGUUCAGUAAUCUUUGUUGCAACGAAAAAGAAUGUUCGAGCUUUUGAUUUACUAAAGCACAAACUGAUUAAGAAGCUUGAGACUGGUCUCCGCGAAGUUUCCUCCAUUGCAGUUCAUCCUGCUGGUGAUAACAUAAUUGUGGGAAGCAGGGAGGGCAAAUUAUGUUGGUUUGAUAUGGACCUUUCAUCUAAGCCUUACAAAGUUCUCAAGUGCCAUCCGAAAGAUAUUACAAAUGUAGCGUUCCAUCGUUCAUACCCGCUCUUUGCAUCAAGCUCUGAGGAUUGCACUGCAUAUGUUUUUCAUGGCAUGGUUUAUUCUGAUCUUAAUCAGAAUCCUCUUAUUGUUCCUCUGGAAAUUCUUCGUGGACAUUCUAGCUCCAAUGGUAGAGGAACAUUGGAUUGUAAAUUCCAUCCACGGCAACCAUGGUUGUUCACAGCUGGUGCUGAUUCAUUGAUCAAACUUUAUUGUCACUAGGAUAAACAUAAAAAAAGGAAUGUAUUAUAUCACGGGGUCGAAACAAUUGCAAUUAUUUCACUGGUUGAAAUGAUUGGAGAGUUGUGUAGCAUUGAAGGAUUCUGGAGACACCGGAUACGUGAUUGUAAGGUAGAAAACACUGUUUCAAGCAUUAUAGAUACUCCAUAUCCUGAGAUUGAAGUUCUGGCAUUGAUGUCUUUUUAGCUUUAUGUUAACCAGACAGGCCUCAAUAGUUUUUGACAACACGAGAAAACUGCUUCUCCAUUUUAUUUAUCAAUUUAAGAUCACAUGUUUUCCCUUU